CGGGCGUUGCCGCCGCCUUGUGACUCCGGCUGUGGGCGCGCUGGCGGCUCUUCGGCCAUGGUUUUCUCAAAUAAUGAUGAAGGCCUUAUUAACAAAAAGUUACCAAAAGAACUUCUUUUAAGAAUGCUGUUCAGCUUGUUGUUAAAUUUUACUUGGUCUAAUCCAGAAUGUACUAAGUAUGUACAUAGCAUUGGUCUGGAUUCUUUUUGUAAUGUGGCCUGGAACGUCUUAGCCCUGGAUGGAAGCAACUGGCAGAGAAUAGACCUUUUUAACUUUCAGACAGACGUAGAGGGUCGCGUGGUGGAGAACAUCUCGAAGCGAUGUGGCGGCUUCCUGCGCAAGCUCAGCCUGCGGGGCUGCAUCGGAGUCGGGGACUCCUCCUUGAAGACCUUUGCUCAGAACUGCCGAAACAUCGAACAUUUAAACCUCAAUGGCUGCACAAAAAUCACCGACAGCACGUGUUACAGCCUCAGCAGGUUCUGUUCCAAGCUGAAACAUCUGGAUCUGACCUCCUGCGUGUCCAUCACCAACAGCUCCUUAAAGGGGAUCAGUGAGGGCUGCCGAAACCUGGAGUACCUGAACCUGUCCUGGUGCGAUCAGAUCACGAAGGACGGCGUGGAGGCCCUGGUGCGCGGCUGUCGAGGCCUGAAGGCGCUGCUGCUGAGGGGCUGCACGCAGUUAGAAGACGAAGCCCUCAAACACAUUCAGAACUAUUGCCACGAGCUCGUGAGCCUCAACUUACAGUCCUGCUCGCGCAUUACAGAUGAAGGCGUGGUGCAGAUUUGCCGGGGCUGCCACCGCCUGCAGGCCCUCUGCCUCUCUGGCUGCAGCAACCUCACGGACGCCUCCCUCACAGCCCUGGCUUUGAACUGCCCGAGACUUCAGAUUUUGGAGGCUGCCCGCUGUUCCCAUUUGACUGACGCAGGCUUUACACUUCUAGCUCGGAAUUGCCAUGACCUGGAGAAGAUGGAUCUUGAAGAAUGCAUCCUGAUCACCGACAGCACGCUCGUCCAGCUCUCCAUCCACUGCCCUAAACUGCAAGCCCUGAGUCUGUCCCACUGUGAGCUAAUCACAGAUGACGGAAUCUUGCACCUGAGCAACAGCACCUGUGGCCACGAAAGACUGCGAGUCUUGGAGCUGGACAACUGCCUCCUCAUCACAGACGUGGCCCUGGAACACCUGGAAAGCUGCCGGGGCCUGGAGCGCCUGGAGCUGUACGACUGUCAGCAGGUCACCCGCGCGGGCAUCAAGCGGAUGCGGGCUCAGCUCCCUCAUGUCAAAGUCCAUGCCUAUUUUGCGCCCGUCACCCCCCCGACAGCAGUGGGAGGAAGUGGACAUCGGCUGUGCAGGUGCUGUGUCAUUCUCUGACAGUGGCCGUGUGGGCCCAAGUCCAGAGGAGACCUGAGUCUUCCCCACCUUCUCCACCGCCAUCUGUUGGUUCUCCAUUGGGAAAGGCAUUGCAGGUAAAAGACUUCUGUAGGGAUUGCAGUAACUUCUGUAGGUGAUAGUUUUCACCUUGAUUCUGCUGCCAAGCAAUCAAAUCAAAGCCUUGUGUCAAGAAACACAUGGCAGGAGCAGUCUCCAUGCAGCCAGGACUGUGCAAGAAACCCGGUUUCUUAAAGAGGUGGCUGUACCUUCCCAGGGAACAGAGGUUCUGUCCUUGGCUUUGUCAGCGUUGCGCAGACAGUCCAUCAGUGUUAGCACAAAUUGAGCAGAAAAAAACAGGCUGUUGAUUUUCUACCUGAUACUUAAGACGGUGGCCUACUUUAAUUCAGUGAUUCCAUUUUGGUUAGCAGGACUUUUCCAAGUGGCUAUACUGCAAAUUCAUAAUACCUGAUAGUUUUAUAUGUAGAGACUUACGUGAAGGCACGUUAAGAAGUUUCCAUGAGACACCAAAGAAAUAAGGACUCUAAACUGGGUGGAGCAGGGUCUUCACCUCUGUUUCUGUCAACCUGCCGUAUAUACUUUUGGGGACCAAAAAGUCAACUCAGAGUUUGUGCUGCCUGGUGGGAAACUAUAAGCUCUGGCGUAUGCUACAGCACAGUUUUAUUAUAGGAGAAAAGCUAAUCACGUCAUCUCACAAAAUUUGGGGGACCUUAAAGCAAUAGAAU